AUGCAACGGCGCCGCCCAGUGGUCAAUACGACUCGAGCAAGCCAGCGACCAGCGCAGCCGAACGUCCACCAUCAAGUGAGGCACCAAGUUCCAGUCCUACAAGCAUUGGCUACGGCAGACCCACGAGCACGCCCACAAGUCCACCGAGUAGCUACGUCCGACCGACUAGCCCUCCAAAGACGGGUUACGGCAAGCCCACCAGCGCACCAGGCAGCGGCUUCGGCAAGCCCACAAGUCCACCGAGUGGCUACGGUCGACCGACGAGCUCUCCGAGCGGCGGCAAUGGCAAGCCCACCAGCGCACCAAGCAGUGGCUACGACAAGUCCUCCAGUCCACCAAGUGGCUACGACCGACCGAUCAGCUCUCCGAGCAGCGGCUACGAAAAGCCUGGCAACAACCAAGGUAACGCUGGGGGCGGCGGGUACGUUAAGCCGAGCAAGGGUCCCAGCGACAACUAUGGCAAACCCAGUGGUGCCACGGGCUAUCCAAGUGGCGGUCGAUACGAUGGCCGCGAUCGACCUGGCUCACCUGGGAAAGGCAAGCCGUCCCACCAAGGAGAUGGCUACACCAAGAGCCCAAAGCCGUCGUCGUACGGUAGCACGGAAGUGCCGUGCAAGAGUCUCAAGGCGCGGCAAGGUCGCGACGCCGACCGAGAUUCGGCCGCCCAAGUCGCGGUGCAUGUAA